GUUGAUCAUUGAAGUAAAUGUAAAUGUACUAAUCUUCAUUUGCUGUGAUAUUCUGUCGUUGAUAUGGGUCUGUUAUCAGACAUCUGGACGAUUCGGAAUUACAUCAUUGUAACAUUAACACCGAUAGUUUUACUGCCAUUGAUUCUCCUAUCCGAUAGACAGGAAACAAAAUGUGCUUAUGUUGUAAUACUUUCCGCUGUAUUCUGGAUAACGGAGGCACUUCCAAUUGCCGUGACGUCAUUGCUGCCAGUUGUUAUCUUUCCAGCCAUAGGCCUGAUGUCUGCUUCAGAUACAUCUUCUGCUUAUAUUAACGACACUUCGAUGCUGUUCAUUGGAGGACUCAUUCUUGCAGCAGCUAUCGAACACUGGGAUAUCCAUAAACGUAUUGCUCUGAAAGUUUUAAUCAUGGUUGGAUCUGAGCCUGUAUGGUUAAUAUUCGGUAUGAUGUUGCCAACGUGGUUCCUGUCAAUGUGGAUCAAUAACACAGCCACUGCAGCCAUGAUGGCGCCAAUAUCCAACGCAGUGAUGAAACAAUUCAGAGAGGUGAAGGAUGAAAGGGGUUCCCAAGCAGAUCAACAGGAAUACGAAAGCUUGGACAACAGAGCCGCGGAAUACACUGAUGAUGAAUGCAGAACACGAAGUGACUACCACGAGUUAACUGGCUCGAAUAUAUCCAAAGACGAGGAUGGAAUCAACAAAGAAUCAAGUUCUGUAGAGGAUGAUGUAACGUCUGACCUGGAAUACCUUCGCCUUGGUAAAGCUCUAUCCCUCUCAGUAGCCUAUGCUGCCAACAUCGGAGGUGUAGCAACGCUUACAGGAUCCUUUCCAAAUAUCAUAAUGAAAGGACAAACAGACUUAUUGUAUGAGAGGUACCACACAACAUCUCCGGUGACGUAUGGCUCAUUCUUGCUGUACGGAUUUCCUAUAGCGUUUUUCGCCCUCCUGGCCCUUUGGAUAUGGUUCUACCUAUUCUUUUUCUUAUGCAGACGUGACCAGGGGCGCCUUGGGAAAAACCAUGGUGCAAGAAAAAAUAUCAAGACAAUGCUAAAAAAGGAAUACAACGAUAUGGGACCUAUGACGUUUGGAGAGGUGGCCGUCAUUAGUCAUUUAUUGGUUCUGGCAGUUCUUUGGAUAACAAGAGACUUAGGAGGCAGUGGAGGAUGGGGAUUUCUUUUUCCUCGUGGCAUGGUGUCCGAUUCAACGCCAGCCAUUCUAGUUUCAUGCUGUCUUUGCCUCUUCCCUUCACAAAUUCCAAAAGUUUUUUGUUGCACUAAAGGACGAAAAUAUGCCGCAUAUCCCCUCCUGCCUUGGAAAAUUGCCGAGAAGACAGUGCCAUGGGGAGUUAUCAUACUUGUAGGUGGUGGGUUUGCGAUUGCAAAAGGAAGUGAGCUACCAAAGAAGCUGAUUUGUCCGGCAUCGGUUUUAAGCUGGCCCGCCAGAAGGUUUGGAGAGGUGGCCGUCAUUAGUCAUUUAUUGGUUCUGGCAGUUCUUUGGAUAACAAGAGACUUAGGAGGCAGUGGAGGAUGGGGAUUUCUUUUUCCUCGUGGCAUGGUGUCCGAUUCAACGCCAGCCAUUCUAGUUUCAUGCUGUCUUUGCCUCUUCCCUUCACAAAUUCCAAAAGUUUUUUGUUGCACUAAAGGACGAAAAUAUGCCGCAUAUCCCCUCCUGCCUUGGAAAAUUGCCGAGAAGACAGUGCCAUGGGGAGUUAUCAUACUUGUAGGUGGUGGGUUUGCGAUUGCAAAAGGAAGUGAGGAAUCGGGUCUGUCUCAAUGGCUUGCAGAUCAGCUGGUGGUAUUUAGUGAGUUUGAGCCGUGGAUUAUGAACAUGAUUCUGUGUUUCAUCAUGGCAGCAGCAACGGAAGUUACAAGUAACACUGCUAUUUCUACCCUGAUGAUGCCUAUCGUCACACAACUGGCAUUCCGUUUAGGUGUAAACCCUUUAUACUACAUGCUACCGACCGCCAUUGCCACGUCAUUUGCCUUCAUGCUACCGGUAGCCACGCCACCCAAUGCUGUUGUUUUCUCGACUGGAUAUGUCAGGGUCAUCGACAUGAUGACUGCUGGAUUUGUCAUGAAUAUAGUAGCGGUAUUGAUUCUGGUAGCAGCAACGGAAACCAUUGGAGAACGCAUUUACAAUUUUCACACACUUCCAUCUAUUUUCAACACAACAAUGUUGCUAAAUAUUACAGGAAAUGGUUUCUAACUCUGUUGUAUUUUUUAUUUGAGAUCAUUUGUUUGGACUAUUGUAUAGUCCAAUGAAGUUUCUGAGCAAAUUUGAAGAGGAGAUGCGUUUUAAAGCAAAUUUAGCU